AUGCCUCCAACGAGGGGAGCGACGUUCGAGGACGCCGACAUCGCCGGCACCAACCGAAGUGGAUGCGGUGCUUUCGCGCGGAGUUCACCCAAACCCAAGUCGUUGAAGCCUGUCCACGAAGGCGAAGGAACAGGCAUGCCUGCAUUUCAGCCCGCCGCCACCACACGAAGCCAACCCUGUGACGGCGCUUCACGCAGUCGUGCCCUACCGCCCGCACGGCCAGGGCAGAGCAGCAAAAACCUCCACGUCCCGGAGCCACCGCUCCGGCCUCCAUGCGCAACAGCAGAGCAGACACCUCAAGUCGACUCGUCACCUCAAGUCGACUCGUCGCUCGCCUCGGGGAGCCAGCCAGCACCCCGACCACCAGAGAAGCGGCACCGCCGCGCCGCCGUCCAUGCACCAUGGCACACCUCUACCAUGGCCUGCAGGUGGCACAACCGCCGGGACGCCGCAAAACUGGGGCCACCACCACGCGACCGCCGCGCCGAGGCACCCACCAGCUCCAUGGACCUCCACCAACCACUGCGUCGAGGCACCGCCCGGCCACCAACCACCCACGCGCAGUCCAGACGUCGCAGACAGCGAGGCGAAGACGCGCACCCGGGGCCGCCGCCCCGGCAUCCCCAACUCCGGCAGAGAGCAUGCCAGCACCGGGCACCUCCUCCACCUCCACCCGACACGAGCAACAGCGCAUGCCCGUCUGGGCCCGCCAAGGCCUAG